AUGAAUGCUGAUCAGAAACGGGCGCCAUCGCCAAAAUUUGCCGCCACGGAUGGGAAGAGGAUCAAGCGAGAUCACGAUUGGGACACCGACGAGGUGCCAUUCACUCUGAAGAAGAGCGACCGUUUAUCUUUCAGUCCAUCUCGAGUGGGCAAACAGAGAGAUCCAACUCGCGGUGCCGAAUUCAGACGUGUCAUACAUCCUCAAUCCCAAUGUGUGAAUACUCUGGUCAUCCAAACAACUCAAGAGUUGGCCGCCGUUGGCAAGCGUCUCGUCCAGGCUCCUCGGCUACUGGAUGAUGGUAUCUUAUUUGACUGGGUGCUUGACUACUCCGCGAAGCGGGAGCCUGUCGAGUCCUUGUUGGCUGUUGCCGGAAUUGAUUCUUGUGCGCUUGGGCCUGCGCUUCAAACAGUUCCGACCCCGGAUCCAGAACAAGGAAGUAGUCGAGACGCUCCUCCCAUGAUCAUUGACCUUUUGUCUGAUCAUGAAAGCGACGUCGACGACAAAACAACCGUGGUGUGCCUCGCUUCGGAUGGUGCCGACGUGACUCACCCCAUUAUCCUUGGUACAGACGAGGUCGAUGAGCAGAACUACUCACUGGCAGAGCCGGAAUCCACGCAGACGGAUGACAGCGACCCUGCUAAAUUGCCCUUGCAUAAUUUCGAGCCUACUACCAACGCAGCCGCAGCCUGUUCUGGACCCAGCACCUUGGCGGCACGUAUAACGAACGCAACUCUUGAGUCUGAGUCUUCACAACAAAGACCACUUCAUGACGUCCGUAACGAGGCGGAAGAUAUAGGUGCUCCGUGUAGGGACCAAACCCCGGACCCAGCAGACUAUGACCAUGACCAGGGGGAUGAACGAGCUGAACGCGAACCACCACAGAGCUAUGCAGACCUUUACGGCUCAUGGAAUAUGCUGGCAUCUAGUGAAGACGAAACUCUGUCGGGAGACGACGAGGAUGAGGGAUCAGCGGAGAGACUCGGUCGUCCGAUCAGACCUCCGGAUGCCGCGGGAAGCGGAGCGGACAAAGAUCUGUCCCCGUCGUCCGGCCGUGGAACUAGGGUACAGGCUCUAGCAGACCGUGACAGUGGACUCUUUGGAGCUAAUGCCCAGAUUGACCGUCAUGAGGUGGGUAUUCCGAAGGCGGAGUUUGCGAGGGCCAGGCGGCUCCUCGCAUCUGUUGACCGAGGAAUUCCCUACACCACGAUUACGAUGCGAGGAGACGCCUCCUUUAUCGAUCAACGACGAUUGUGCAGGCUCUCGGCAUUCUCGUUGCCAUUCUAUCAGCCUGACAAAGCGCCUGCCGCCCUUGUGGCUGAUGCGUGUCUUGUCGAGGACAACAAGGCCAUCGUCGGGUACGAGCAUGGUCCAUGCCAGGCUUCUCUCAUUCUGCUGGGCGAUCAGUAUCGGCCUCGACGUGUGGAUCUGGCGUACCGAGCGCACAAUACUGUGCAGGAGAACCGCACUCUGGGUACAUCUCAUCCUAAUCCCGGCAUCAGUGCGCUUGCUUCCUGCAACGGCUUGCGGCUUCGAUUCCUGUCGGGGGGACAUGACGGGACCGUUCAUUUGUGGACUCUGACAAAUAUGGACGAUGUCUACGAAGCAGAUUCCCGCCGCUUGAACUUGCGUCAACCACGGAGGUGUCAGGCCCUCGCAUAUCGUAACGUCGACGAGACUGUUUUCUCGUGCGCAGGGACUUCAGUAUACGCCGUGAAUAUCUCAGCACAACGUGCGCAGGAUGCUAUCAGGGUCUCUGACGGCCAGAUCCUCCAAAUACACGUUCACCCUCAAAACCCGCAUGUUAUAAUCCUUGAAGUAGAUCACAUGGACCGCCAGGUCCUUGUCUAUGAUAUGCGUAAGAAAGCCUUCAAUCGCCCGCCAACCCUCCAAUUCGGGCACCGUGACGAAGUCGCACAGGACGCCACCCGACGAUUCAUCAAAGGUUCUACACUCAACAGCUUCUUUGCACGUCCGUACAACGAUGGCGACAAGGGGGUCAUCCGUGUCUGGGAUUAUCGCCACACAAAGUGGCAUGUUUUCAGGAAGUACACCCGGCGCCAAUUGUGCACGCGGUUCUUUCUGGAUCCGACGUCCUAG